AUGACUAGCUUGUUUGAUGAAAAGGAAUGCGAAAAUUGUAAGAAGAUUGAAUCUGAUUAUAACAUUGUGAGGAUAGAUCAUAUAAAACUAUAAGCUGAAUAUGAGAAAUUAUAAAAGGAUAUAGAAAUAAUGAAAAGGGACACCUCAUUAAAUGAUGGAGAAUUAAAAAAAAAUAGGUCGAAAUUUGAUUAAUUGUAAAAUGAAUUAAAUAAGAUGAACGAAAAAUAUUAGAAAUUAUAGGGAGAAAAAGAAAGAAGUGAUGGAAUGAUAAAGCAAUUACAAGCUAUAAAUUAGAAAAUUUAAUAAGAAAAAGAGGAAAUGUUAUUUGCAAAGCCAGCAGAGAAUCCAGAGUAAAAUCAAGCUCUUCAACAAAUAAGUCUAUUGCACGAGUAAUUAAGAAAAGCCUAAAAUUAAAAAGAAUAAGCCCUUUCCAUUAACACUCAAUUAACUUUAGAAUUAUAAUAAUUAAAAAGUUAAUAAAAACCACAAUAAAAUAUUGUUUAAACAGUUCAAUUUUAAAGGGAUUCAACAUCAAACGAAAAAGUGUUUUAAAUGGAAAUAUAAAAUCUUAGAUAAAGAAUUAAUGAGAUGAACGUUGCCCUUCAGAAACAACAACAAGAAUAUUAAAAUUUACAAUAAGAAUCUAAAUAAUAGAUUGAAAAUUUAUAAUAGUAAUUGGAACAAUAAGAUAAAAAUAUUGACUAAUAAUAAUCAUCAACUAUAUAAUUGAAAUAGUUGCAAGCAUAAUUAAAGAAAAUGGAAGCCCAAAAUAAAGUGUUACAAAAAUAAUUGGAUUAUAAAACUUAAAGAUAUAAUGAAUAGCUUGAUGAUAUUAAUAAAUUAUAGGAAGAACUAAAUGCUUGUAAAACAAACUAAAUUGUUAAAGUCCUUGGAGAUGAAGAAAAAGAUUACAAGGAAAAAUAUAAAUAGGUGUUACAUUAGAAGAAAGAACUUGAGUAAAGUUUUAAAGAGAAGGAAUCUUAUUUGAUGUAAAAAGUUUAACAGUAUGAAUAACACAUCAAAUAAAAAUAAGGAAAUGCUGGCUUAGAAAAUGUAAAAUUAAAAGAGAAAUUGGAUGAAUUAAAAGAACUAUAAGGAAAGCUAAAUUAAAUUUAAGAAGAAGAACUUACUUAAAAAAUGAUUAAUUCGAAUUAAAAGAAAUAAUUAGAUGACCUAAUCAAUAGUUAAUAUCAGUAUAAAUAAAAGGUCAAACAAUUAGAAUCCCAAUUAUAACAAUGUGAAGAUAAACUGAUUAAAUCCAAGUACUAAAUAGCUGACAUGAUGAAUCUUGCAAUGGAGCUUGGAUUGACUUAAUUACUUGAUAAAUUUGCUUCAUUAUAAUAGUGA